CUAUGACCGGGGAUCCACGUUCAACGUGUUUGUGGGAAAAGGUCAGCUUAUCGCUGGGAUGGACGAAGCCCUGGUCGGGAUGUGCGUGAACGAGCGGCGGUUCGUGAAGAUUCCCCCCAAGCUCGCCUACGGGAGCGAAGGCGUCUCUGGUGUGAUUCCCCCCAACUCUGUGCUCCAUUUCGAUGUGCUCCUGAUAGACCUUUGGAACUCGGAGGAUGAAGUGCAGGUUCAGACUUACUUCAAACCUGAGAAGUGUCCUCGGACAGUCCAGGUGUCGGACUUUGUACGAUACCAUUACAAUGGAACAUUCUUGGAUGGGACUCUGUUUGAUUCAAGCCAUAAUCGAAUGCGAACUUAUGAUACCUAUGUGGGAAUUGGAUGGCUGAUUCCUGGUAUGGACCAAGGUCUCUUGGGAAUGUGCGUAGGAGAGAAGCGCAUUAUCACAAUACCACCUUUCCUGGCAUAUGGAGAAGAUGGAGAUGGUAAGGACAUCCCUGGCCAAGCUUCUCUCGUCUUUGAUGUGGCUUUGCUAGAUCUCCAUAACCCCAAAGAUGGUAUUACUAUUGAGAACCAGCACGUGCCUGAAUCCUGCGAGCGGAGAAGCCAGACGGGAGACUUUCUUCGAUACCAUUACAACGGCACACUUUUGGAUGGCACGUUGUUUGAUUCCAGCUAUUCAAGAAAUCGUACGUAUGACACCUAUGUCGGGAAAGGUUAUGUGAUUGCUGGAAUGGAUGAAGGUUUGCUAGGUGUAUGCACUGGUGAAAAAAGAAGAAUAAUAAUCCCUCCUCAUCUUGGAUAUGGAGAAGAAGGAAGAGGAAAGAUUCCAGGAUCUGCCGUGCUGGUCUUUGACAUCCACGUGGUUGAUUUCCACAACCCCUCGGAUUCGGUCAGCAUUACGGUUAACUACAAACCUUCCAACUGUACCGUACUGAGUAAGAAGGGAGAUUACUUGAAGUAUCACUACAAUGCUUCGCUCCUGGACGGUACUUUGCUAGACUCGACACACAGUCUUGGCAAGACCUACAACAUAGUUCUGGGAUCUGGACAGGUGGUGGUGGGGAUGGACAUGGGCCUUCAAAACAUGUGUGUCGGGGAACGACGAACAGUCAUCAUUCCACCUCAUCUUGGUUAUGGAGAAGAUGGAGUUGAAGGAGAAGUGCCUGGUAGUGCUGUAUUAGUUUUCGACAUCGAACUGCUGGAGCUGGUGUCUGGCUUGCCUGAAGGGUACAUGUUUGUGUGGAACGGGGAAGUCUCUCCCAAUCUUUUUGAAGAAAUAGACCAGAAUCAUGAUGGAGAGGUUCUUCUGGAGGAGUUUUCCGAGUACAUUCAAGCUCAAGUCGAUUCUGGCAAAGGAAAACUGGCUCCUGGUUUUGAUUUUGAAAAGAUUGUUAAAAAUAUGUUUACCAAUCAAGACCGGGAUGGAAAUGGCAAAGUUACCGCUGAAGAAUUCAAGUUGAAAGACCAGGAGGCCAGAGAGGAGCACGAUGAACUGUAAAGCUAAG